CCUCUCUCUCUCUCUCUUCUCCUGCUCCGGCGACGACGAAGGAGAUCGCCAUGGACACGGGGGGGAACUCGCUUUCCUCGCCGGUUUGCGGGGGAGAGGCGCGGCGCAGAGUGUGCUACUUCUACGACCCCGAGGUGGGGGAUUACUACUACGGCUCUGGGCACGUGAUGAGGCCGCUCCGGAUCACCAUCACCCACGACCUCGUCGUCAAAUACGGCCUCCUCGACCGCAUGAAGGUGUUCUUCCCCCGCCGCGCGGAGAAGAGCGACUUUUGCCGCUUCCAUACGGACGACUACGUCGACUUCCUCCGCGAGACGAGCCCGCUGAUGCCCCUGGCGACGAGCGUUGCCAAACGCUUCAACAUCUCCGAUGAGGAUUGCCCCCUCUUCCUCAACCUCUACGACUUUUGCCGGAGCUACGCCGGCGCCUCCCUCGACGCAGCCGCGCGGCUCAACGAAGGGGCCUACGACAUCGCCAUCAACUGGUCCGGGGGGCUCCACCACGCCAAGCGCGACAAUGCCUCCGGGUUCUGCUACGUCAACGAUAUCGUCCUCGCCAUCCUCGAGCUCCUCAAGUGCUACAAGCGUGUUUUGUAUGUUGACAUUGACGUACACCACGGGGAUGGCGUGGAGGAGGCUUUCUACACAACAGACAGAGUAAUGACCGUUUCGUUCCAUCAAUAUGGAGAUUUCUUCCCCAGGACAGGAGGCAUAGAUGAUAUUGGUGAUAAAAAGGGGAAAUACUAUGCCAUAAAUGUCCCUUUAAAAGAGGGUAUUGAUGAUGCAAACUAUCAUUCUUUGUUCAAACCCAUUAUGACCAAAGUUAUGGAAGUUUUCGAUCCGAAUGCCGUGGUGCUACAGUGUGGUGCUGACUCCUUAUCCGGAGAUAGAUUAGGACGUUUCAAUCUUUCCGUCAGAGGCCAUGCAGAGUGUGUUAAAUUUAUGAGAUCAUUUAAUGUGCCCCUUUUGCUGCUUGGCGGUGGUGGCUAUAGAAUGCCGAAUGUUGCUUGCUGCUGGACUUAUGAGACAGCAGUGGCAAUUGGUGCAGAAGUUGCUGACAAGUUGCCAGAUAGUGAAUAUUCUGGAUAUUUUGCUCCGGUAUAUACCCUUCACAGGCCAACAAGUAACAUGAAGAAUGCAAAUUCAAGCGCAGAAUUGGAAAAUAUUAAACAAAAGGUUUUUGAUAUUCUCUCAAAGCUUCCGCAUGCUCCCAGUGUCCAAUUUCACGAACGGCGACCUGAUACGGAGCUUGUUGAGACCGAUGAAGAUCAAGAGGAUGGGGAUGAAAGAUAUGAUUCUGAUUCGGAUGAAGAAAUGGAAGAUCCCUAAUCUCCUGACAAAAAAUCAUGGGAGAGCCCAAGAUAGCUGCAGAAAAUGUGAAUUGUGUAGAAAACACAAGUGAAGACUUGCCGGAUUAAUUGAUCCAACAGUAAUUAAGGCAUUUGAGCAAACAUGAAUGGCUCGAUAAUCAUUUUUCGACUUCCUAAUUAUGAUCUUCUUGGUUGUAGUCUCAACAUAAUAGACCUCAGAUACAUUUGAGCAAACAAGUUGAGCAGAUUGUUUAGUUCAGUGUCAGAUGAUAGACCAAAACUUGUCAAUAAAUUGUACGCUAAGCUUAUUAGUGUUUAUUGGAUUGCCAUUUUCACAGUUUUGUGCAUUACUAAUGCACUCCCAUAACAUUCAUUCGGGUGCUUAAUUAUUCUUAUAUAAUAAU